GAGAAGAGGAAAGUUUUCCAAGAGGGGGGAAGGAGGAAAUGAAACUUGCUGCUCGCCAAAGCUUACUCACUCUGCCGAUUUUCAUGCAGUGAAAAAAAAAACCCAUAGCACUCCUCUUUUGCUCAACGACGUUGUGAAUCGACUACUUGUAUUUUCUGUCAGGUUAUUCUGGAAUUAGAACUUUGUGUGACCAUCCACCAGGGAGACAAAACCGCCCUUUGGAUGAAGAUUUCCGGUGGUUGACAGACAGUACGUCGGACAAGAACAGGCAACGGAAAUGCCCAUCCACCAGUAAUCCUAUUGACUGGACUGGGACAGCCCGAUCCAAUGAGGUGUAACCGAGAGGGUGGACAGGACUUUGGUCAAUUCUACAAAGCGUGAACUGCAACAAUUAGAAGAAUGUUGUGGGAAACAGACCGACCUCAGUGAUCUCAGUGACUUGAGUUAAAACUCUUGAAUUUUGCUUGUGCUGUUUAACAAAACAGGGCAACAUUAAGUGUCUGGAAGACUUGUUUGCAUUUCUGAAUGAUUUUAUUCCAAUGGAAAUCGAACAGAACAAUAUAUGGAAGAUAACGCCGCGUCUGCAAUUGCUUUUUAACAGAUGAAUAUCUUAUCAGUGAAGCUCCAACAGACCGGACAAACAUGCAAUAUCUGCCGAAGUGUUGCUAUUGAACAAUUAUCGAGCUGUUUGGUUUCUAAACAUUUUUAACCGUACAGUUUUCUUUUUUUGAUACAUAAGAGGAAGAAACCAAUGUCUACCGGCAGCAGCCCGUCUCCUCCGUCCUUACCAAGACUUUCCCCCCUCUCUCAGCAUCCUGCUGCUCCGCCAACUCCUUCGCCGUCCCCCAGCCCACCGGCACCGCUGUAUAGUCGACUGUCGAACGGGAGUGUGAGCGCUCCAAGCCCUACGAACUCCCGUGGGUCUUUCCACGGAGUCUCCUUCCUUCUUCAGAUAGGCCUGACCAGGGAAACGGUGAACCUCGAGGCGAAUGAUCUGUCCCUUUCUGCCGUUAAAGACCUGGUCUGUUCAAUAGUCGACCAAAAGUUCCCGGAAUGUGGGUUCUUUGGCAUGUAUGACAAGAUCCUGCUGUUCCGCCACGACCUGAACUCGGAGAACAUACUCCAGAGGCUGACAUCGGCUGAGGACAUCCACGAGGGAGACCUGAUCGAGGUUGUCGUCUCUGCCCUCGCCACCGUUGAGGACUUCCAGAUCCGACCGCACACCUUGUAUGUGCACUCCUACAAGGCCCCGGCCUUCUGCGAUGACUGCGGGGAGAUGCUCUGGGGCCUGGUGCGCCAGGGCCUCAAAUGUGAAGGAUGUGGGCUGAAUUAUCACAAGCGCUGUGCUUUCAAGAUCCCCAACAACUGCAGCGGGGUGCGAAAGAGGCGCCUGUCCAACGUGUCCCUCCCAGGACCCUCUCUGUCCAUCCCUCGCCCUGCCCCGAUCGAGCAUGUGGUCGUGGCUCUGGAGGAGCAACGUUCCCACCAGGAGCCCGGGAAGCGGAUCCCAUCCUGGAGCGGCCGGCCCAUCUGGAUGGAGAAGAUGGUGUUGGGCCGGGUCAAGGUGCCCCACACCUUCGCCGUGCACUCCUAUACCCGUCCUACCAUCUGCCAGUACUGCAAGCGCCUGCUGAAGGGCCUGUUUCGCCAGGGCAUGCAGUGUAAAGAUUGUAAAUUUAAUUGCCACAAGCGAUGUGCGUCAAAGGUACCAAGAGAUUGUCUUGGCGAGGUCGUUUUUAACGGAGAGCCGGCCAGCCCCGGCCCCGAUUUGGAUGUCACCAUGGAGGUGGACAGCAGUCAGCAGUCUGAGGAGGCCUCUCCUCCAGAAGGAUUCUUCAUGGAUCCUUCUUUUCUGGAUGGAGAUAAGGAUGAGGAGACCAGCAAAACUAUCAGUCCCUGCACCAGCAGUAACAUCCCCCUGAUGCGAGUGGUUCAGUCCAUCAAGCACACUAAGAGGAAGAGCUCCACCAUGGUGCGCGAGGGCUGGAUGGUGCACUACACCAACAGAGACAACCUGAGGAAGAGGCAUUACUGGAGACUGGACAGCAAGAGCCUGACUUUGUUUCAGAAUGACACGGGUGCCAAGUACUACAAGGAGAUACCCCUCUCGGAGAUCCUGCAGGUGGACCCGGCGCGGGAUUUCGGCAGCCUGGCCCAGGGGGGCAACCCGCACUGCUUCGAGAUAAUCACAGACACCAUGGUCUACUAUGUCGGCGAGAACAACGGUGGUGACCACCACAACCCGGCGCUGGCCGCCUCGGGGGUGGGCCUGGAGGUGGGGCAGGGCUGGGAGAAGGCCAUUCGCCAGGCGCUGAUGCCCGUCACCCCCCAACCGAGCAUCUGCACCACCGCGGGACACAGCAGGGACCACAAAGAGGUGUCCAUCAGCAUAUCUGUGUCCAACUCCCAGGUGAAGGAGAAUGUGGAUAUCAGCUCAGUCUACCAGAUCUUUGCUGAUGAGGUCCUGGGUUCGGGACAGUUUGGGAUUGUGUAUGGAGGGAAGCACAGGAAAACGGGAAGAGACGUGGCCAUCAAGGUAAUCGACAAAAUGCGCUUCCCCACCAAGCAGGAGAGCCAGCUGAGGAAUGAGGUGGCCAUUCUCCAGAACCUUCACCACCCUGGGAUUGUGAACCUGGAGUGCAUGUUUGAGACGCCGGAGCGCGUCUUCGUUGUCAUGGAGAAGCUGCACGGUGACAUGCUGGAGAUGAUACUGUCGAGCGAGAAGAGCAAACUCCCGGAGCGCCUCACCAAGUUCCUGGUCACACAGAUUCUGGUGGCUUUGAGACACCUGCAUUUUAAGAACAUUGUCCACUGUGAUCUGAAGCCUGAGAAUGUGCUGUUGGCUUCAGCAGAGCCCUUUCCACAGGUGAAGUUGUGCGACUUCGGGUUCGCCCGCAUCAUCGGGGAGAAGUCGUUUCGCCGCUCAGUGGUGGGGACCCCGGCCUACCUGGCCCCUGAGGUCCUGCGGAGCAAGGGCUACAACCGCUCACUGGACAUGUGGUCCGUGGGCGUCAUCGUCUACGUCAGCCUGAGCGGCACCUUCCCCUUCAACGAGGACGAGGACAUCAAUGACCAGAUCCAGAACGCUGCCUUCAUGUACCCGCCCACACCGUGGAAAGACAUCUCAGCGGAGGCGACAGACUUAAUAAACAACCUCCUUCAAGUAAAGAUGAGGAAACGCUACAGUGUGGAUAAGUCCCUCAGUCACCCCUGGCUCCAGGACUACCAAACAUGGCUGGACCUCAGGGAGUUCGAGACGAGGAGAGGGGAGCGCUACAUCACCCACGAGAGCGACGACGCCCGCUGGGAGGAGUACGCCGACGAGCGCAGCCUGGCCUACCCCAAUCACUUCAUCAUGUCACCCAACCUUGACGACAUGGAGGAGGACCCCUAGUGGCUGGGAGGACUUCCUGCAUGUGACUCACAGGGCCACCUGCUGGACAGAGACCUUGGGAAAUGGCUCAACCCCUGGACUGAAGGUGCCCCCGAAGGGCUUACCGUGUGCCACAGUGUGGACUACAAGAGGGACGCCAUUUUGGUGCCUAUGGAGGUGGCACCAUUGGGGAAGGCAUUUCGAUUUUUCAGGUUGUUUUACUUAACUAUUGUCACAUUUCAGAGAUUCUGUGAGGCUCUCGGCUUUAUAAAAUACAACUGUCUUUUGUUACCAGCCAUGGAAAGCUGAGCUCUUUGGUCUGAAUUCCCAGUUGAAAUCUGAUCUUAUGUGCAUUUGGGAGUGCUAAGUAGUAUUAAAUAUGAUGCACUGCACUUCAACCCAGAGCAGGACUAAAGGCAUAGACCAAAUCCAAGAGGUAAUUUAAAUUUCAAUGGCAUAUUUUUCUAAAAGUGAUAAAGUUAAUGUUUUAAAAAGUUAAUUUUUUUUUUUUUUUUUACAUGUCAUUAUAUCAAAUCAUUUAACUCAUACUGAGGUGACAUUUUUAGAAAGGAUUGUUUUAAAUGGUAUGGUGACAAACUGGAACACACAACAGUAAUACUAAUGCCUUGAGUAUAUUUUGAGUUUAUGUGUUUUUUUUUAUUUGGGGGUAGAAUGUUUUUGCACUGUAGGUCGACUACCCUCUUCUCUUUUACUGACCCCAUCAUUAGAAAAGUUGGAAAUCAACAGCUGCUACAUGUAGUUCUGGUUAUCUUUUUAAAAACCUGUCAACCAAAGUACAGUAUAAAAGUGACAAAUCAGAAAAAGGGAUUGCUGGUAUGGCUUAUGUCUGGAAAUUCAAACCAAGCUUUAUUUAUUCAGAAAUCUUAAUCUUUGUGGUGAGUGUGUUGUCAACAGAAUAUGUUUUAUUCUUACCGGACCAUAACGAUAAGGUGGAAUUUAUGUUGGAUUUAUGAUAAUGUGGUAAUAUGAUCAUUUUAGAAGGUGGUGAAUUUGUUUCUGUUUGCUAUAAAAUAUAUAAUUCUAUCACACAUCUAUAAGUAGUGAGAAGUGAUUAAAAAUGAUAUAGCUGAUGACCAAAUCUGUUCUAACAUACAUUGUCAGAAAUUGAUGUGACCAUCUUACACAUUUAUGCUUUUGAUCCUUUUUCAUUUUUAAAAAUUGUGUUAUCGUACGUAUAGUUGACAUUCCUGGAGAUUCGUAAAAGCAACUGGAUUGAAGCAAGGAGAGUACACAUCUCAGCUGUGCAAUGAUGCUACCCGACGUAAGCUACAAGGUCCAGCCUUUCUACAGAAUCAACCCGACAGUCCUCUGUCAUGAAGGAAUAAUCAGAAGGAUGAAGACUACGGUUAAUGUGCCAUAUCUAAUGCUGUAAGGCUUACACCUAAGAAGGAUGGAAUGGCCGUGAAAAUCUUAGUUUGUGAAACAGAAGCUUAUUAUUUUCAUAUUAUUAUUCUUACCUAAGAACUUGCUGCCAGAUCAGGAGACUGGUUCAGUUAGGAAAUGCUUAUUACAGGAGUAUCUGUUGUUUUGUGUCAUGCUUUCAAUGUAUUUUUCUAUCCAGUAUGUGUGUUCUUUUGUGUUAUCAGUUGGUCCAAGGUAUGACAGUGUUUCUGGUAUCAUGGUGUCCAUUACACAUCUCAUGUGCAAGUCAUUGCAGCCUGGCUAAUGUGUGCAUGUUCAUUCAGGCAUCCAUCCAGCAGAUAUCUAUUCCAUUUUUCCAAAGUGCAAUUACAAAAAAGGCUACAUAGCCUUGAAGAUUACAACCUGUUUUGUUUUAAAUCAUUCCUCAAUGAACUUUAACAAUUCAAGCAAUUGUUUUGGCCUUAAUCAAAAAAGUCACAAGAUGUAUUGCAGGCUCAUGGAUUGGAGAAUUAAUUUAUCCUGCAUCCCCAAUAAUACACUGUACAUGGUGUUGUUGACGGUGCAUCAUGAUAGGAUGAACUUUGCAUGGCAUCAGACUUAAAGAUGAGCUGCUGUGUUUUUACAGCAGAUAUUACAUCAUGAAAAAGCAGUAUUCACGUGUGUGUGUCUACAGUACAGUAUAUGUCAGAUGUGGGCUAACAGAAAAUACAAAACUCUGGAAAAAAAACAUGUUGACAGCUGGAAUUAAAAAAUGUUUUAAACUGCUGUGCAGUUAGAUGAAAUGUGUUUCACUUAAUCAGUCUUGUCAUUGGUGGCUAGAGGUGUGAAAGAACAAUUUGACACAAAACAUGAUUGUGGGAGACUUACAUUUUGUGAAUCUCGUCUCUUCUUUCGUGUGUGUGACUGGGGGGCACCGCAUGGCUUUCGAAAGCACGUGCAGCAUUCAUGUGGGUGUGUGUUUGUGUGUGAUAGUGAAGAUAAAACUUCCCUCUCUCUGACCAGCUUGCGUUUUGUGCAUUUCGGUCCAAGUGUAUUUCCUUUUGGUGAUAAUCCAACUGAUUUGUGUGAAAGGCUUGUGCAGACUGGCCUAGAACCUGCAGUACAGCAUAAAUCCAUGAAUCUUGGUGAAUAAUGCCACAUGUAUGAAGCACAAAAUGGAAGGGUGCUGUAGACCUAUCCUGAGAAUCCAUUUGAUGUCUGUUGCCGCUGGUUUGGCAGAUGUUAGUGUUUUUGUAUAUUUUAGUAUGUACAGAUUUAAUAAAAACCUGUAUCUUAACAGUAA